CGGCGGGCGCCAGUCUCGAGCCACACGCGACGCCGCGCGCACCUCGGACAUGUGACUGUGCCAUGGACGAGUGCGACCUCGCGUACACCCGCGACAUGAUCAUCGAGGGAGACCUGCCUCUGGACCUGCGGCCGCCGCCGCGCCUCUAUCUACCCCACUAUCUCCGCGACGACCCGCCGGAGCUGGAGUACCCGCCCGACGACCACGACACCUACGUGUCCGUGGAUGAAGACACGGCCGACCAGCCCCCGCCGGCCUCCAGCGACAGCGAGCGCUACGACGCCGCCUCGCCCUGCGACAAGUCCUCCUCUCCAUCCAGGAAGCCCAAGCAGAAGUCUUCUUCCCAACUCAUCAAACCCCCCUACUCCUACAUAGCCCUUAUCACCAUGGCUAUCUUACAAUCGCCGCACAAAAAGCUGACUCUAAGCGGCAUCUGUGAGUUCAUCAUGACACGCUUCCCCUACUACCGGGAGAAGUUCCCCGCCUGGCAGAACUCCAUCCGGCACAAUCUCAGUUUAAACGACUGCUUCAUAAAGAUCCCUAGGGAGCCCGGCAACCCUGGGAAGGGGAACUACUGGACGCUGGACCCGAUGGCUGAAGACAUGUUCGAUAAUGGCAGCUUCCUGCGGCGCCGAAAGCGUUACAAGCGGCCGGCGCCGUCGCUUCAGCACGCUCAUGCGAUGGUAGCGAUGUUGGCUCGGGAGGCUUAUGCUCCUCUUCUUCCUCUGCCAUGCUACUUACCACCAGCGCCACUACUGGCCCUGCCGCGGCCGCCGCCGUCCACGCUCCGUCCGGUGCCGCUCCCGCCGCGAGUCUCCGAGACCACCGAGCCGAGAAGCAAGAGGUCUCGGAACGGGUUCUCGAUUGAGUCCAUCAUCGGAUCGCAGGACAGUGUAGUGAAUACUGAGCCACGACGGAGCGCGUUCUCCCCUCUUCACCAGGGCGGUCUGCCGCCGGACGACUGGGCCAGGUGAAUGUACCUCAGUGGGGGCUCCUCCAUGACCCCCAGCCCCUACUAGGAUGAACUGUGAGUGACGUACCCUCGCCAGAUAAUGACUGAAGUAGUUUACUUAAGUGUGGAAAUGAAGUGACUCUAAAACAGUUUUGUAUACAUGUUUGUCUUCUUAUGUGUUUGUACAGAUUUUCUCUAAAUUUUCCUGUGUCUAAUAUUUUGUACUUAAAGCUUUUGAAACCUUCAUGACCACGAGCACCAGAAAGAGGUUCAAAUUGUAAAAUACUGUGUGUUACUAAUUAGUAGGAUAGUUUAAUGCUAAAGUCCAUUGAAAACAUAAUAAUAUUGUAGCUUUGAAAGAAAAUGCUGCAUGCCUACUAAUAUUAAUCAAAUAAUGUAGAGGCUUUGAAAUAGUCACCGUUGUUAUUUUCAGUUUUUUUAUUAUUUAUUUUUGGAAGGCGGUAAAGUGGUGGCUAAAUCUGAAUACUGAAAUCUAGUCAUUCUAUGUACAAAGUUAUCUCAUAUAAGUAUUUGUAAAAUAAUCUUGUCUUGUAAAUAAUUUAUUAGUAACUAGGUGUAGAGUAUUGUAAACGCAAUAUUAAUGUUUAGGUGCAUACUUAAAACGUAAGUAACCGAACCAUUGUAUUUAAAUGUUAUAUUGUAGUGAUAUUUUUGUGUAACUAAAUACCCCAACUAAAAAAAUAAGCUCGACUUAAUAUAAACUAUCUCGAAAUCAUAAACUGCCGUCAUUUUAAUUAAUACCCAUCAUUCAAUUCAUUAAAUUCAUUAAUAAGUUAACCCUAAAUAAAGGUUAUCAAUUUAUCUGGAAAAUCAAUGAUUAGGUUUUAUGAAGAUAACCUAACCAAUACCAACGUCCUUACCUACA